UGUCAUUUAUUUAUUUAUUUUCCAAAGCUCCUACCGGAAGCUGUCGAUGUGUAUUCCGGUAGGCUGGAGACUCUCAAAUCGCCUUAUGGUUGUUUAGACAUCAACAGUUUUCUAUGUCUGCGGGAAUUUGCUUGUGUAAACCCAACAGCCACACACGAGGAACGAAGCAUCCCGGAUUCUUUUCACCGAUCGCAGUUUUCUUCGCAAAAAGACGCCAAGCCUUUCUCUCAUUUCACAGACAUACGACUCUUCUCCCACUCCCCCCGGUCCUGUGAUAGAGGUGUUGUCAUCCUCUGACAACGAACAGUACCUUCUCAUUUUGUUGUUUAAAGAAGAGAGGAAGCAAAAAUGCCGAAACCGAUAAACGUUCGUGUGACCACCAUGGAUGCAGAGCUGGAGUUUGCCAUUCAGCCAAACACGACUGGAAAACAGCUUUUUGAUCAGGUGGUGAAAACGGUGGGGCUACGGGAGGUCUGGUUUUUUGGCCUCCAGUACGUGGACAGUAAGGGCUACAUCACUUGGCUCAAACUAAAUAAAAAGGUGACUCAACAAGAUGUAAAGAAAGAGAAUCCCCUGCAGUUUAAGUUCCGAGCAAAGUUCUUUCCUGAAGACGUUUCCGAGGAGCUCAUCCAGGAGAUCACUCAAAGGCUCUUCUUCCUUCAGGUGAAGGAAGCCAUCGUGAACGAUGAGAACUAUUGUCCCCCGGAAACAGCAGUGUUACUGGCCUCAUACGCUGUCCAGGCCAAAUAUGGAGACUACAGCAAGGAUGUCCACAAGCCUGGAUACCUCACCCACGACCGACUGCUGCCUCAGAGAGUGCUGGAGCAGCACAAGCUAACCAAGGAGCAGUGGGAGGACAGGAUCCAAACUUGGCAUGAGGAACACACAGGAAUUCUCAGAGAGGACUCUAUGAUGGAGUACUUAAAAAUAGCCCAGGACCUGGAGAUGUAUGGAGUCAACUACUUUGAAAUCAAAAACAAGAAGGGCACGCAGCUCUGGCUGGGCGUGGAUGCGCUCGGCCUUAACAUUUAUGAGCACGAAGACAAGUUAACGCCAAAGAUUGGCUUCCCCUGGAGCGAGAUUCGAAACAUCUCCUUUAACGACAAGAAGUUUGUCAUCAAACCCAUUGACAAGAAAGCACCUGACUUUGUGUUUUACGCACCCCGACUGCGCAUCAACAAGCGCAUCUUGGCGCUGUGUAUGGGUAACCAUGAGUUGUACAUGAGGAGGAGGAAGCCAGACACCAUCGAGGUGCAGCAGAUGAAGGCUCAGGCUCGGGAGGAGAAGCAUCACAAGCAGAUGGAGAGGGCCCAGCUGGAGAGCGAGAAGAAGAAGCGAGAGGCUGCGGAGAAGGAGAAGGAAAAGAUCGAGCGCGAGAAAGAUGAACUCAUGGAGAAGUUGAGACAGAUUGAAGAGCAGACCACAAGAGCCCAAAAAGAGCUCGAGGAGCAGACGCGCCGGGCCAUGGCGCUGGAGCAAGAGCGAAGAAAGGCGCGAGAGGAAGCUGAGAGGUUAGACAAGGAGCGACAAGCAGCGGAGGAGGCCAAAGGCGAGCUGGCCAAACAGGCCGCAGACCAGCAGAAGAACCAGGAGCAACUGGCUGCAGAGUUGGCCGAGUUCACAGCCAAGAUCGCGCUGCUGGAAGACGCCAAGAAGAAGAAAGAGGACGAGGCCACCGAAUGGCAACACAAGGCGCUGGCGGCCCAGGAGGACCUAGAGAAGACCAAAGAAGAACUGAAGACGGCCAUAACCACGGUGCCAACGCCCGUGAGCGGCCACGCAGAGAGCGAGCACGACGAGCAGGAUGAGAACCACGCCGAGGCCAGCGCCGAGCUGUCCAACGAGGGCGUCUGCCAGCUGGAUCUGCGCAGCGAAGAGGCUCGCGUCACCGAAGCCCAGAAGAACGAGCGGGUCAAGAAACAGCUCCAGACUUUAAGUUCCGAGUUGGCCGAAGCCAGAGACGAAACCAAGAAGACUGCCAAUGACGUCCUGCAUGCUGAAAACGUGAAGGCGGGCCGCGACAAGUACAAAACGCUGCGUCAGAUCCGUCAGGGCAACACCAAGCAGCGCAUCGAUGAAUUUGAGUCCAUGUGAAAAGAAGACCCGAUGCUCUCCAAAAUGGCCGCGUGCUUUCUCAUGGACAACUGAUUGCAGCCACCCUUCACCGUCCCCUCGAGUCCCCUUCACCAAACGUGGACCUUCAAUCUUGUCAGUCUGCCAAAGUUGUGCUCUCUGUGGGAGGCCUGCCGCGUUUGGGAAAAGACGCACACCAAAGACAAACACACGGGGUUCUUUUCAGACGCAUCCCUCGAAUGCUACACAUCUUUGAUCGCAUGUCUUCAAUUCAAUAUGCUAGUUCUGUCGUGUGCUCCGCUUAUGUUUUGAUUUAUCGCUAAGGCCUUGUUUUUAGUCCACCGUCCCACACUUCCGAGGCGAAACACCACAAGGUCGUAUCGUCAGUUCGUGUUUAAUUUAAGAUGGUUCUCUCAUAUUUUAGUUGUUUCAUUUCAAACUGGAUUUCGAGAGUAGAGCAGAUUUUCAGAUUGUGUUGGGGAGAGAGACACCCAGUAUGUCCAUUUCAGCGGCUGAUGGAUGAAUGUAGCAAAGGUGUCAAAGGGAAACUGUUACACAGCUCCAGGUUGAAAGUGUUUGCAGCGUAAGCUAGUUGGUCGUCGCAUCUCAAGUGUUUAGUGUGAAGCUCGGUCUCGGCAUGUAAAAAUGUAGAACGCGAGGCCCAGAAGGAACCGUCUCCCAACCCUGCCCAAAAAUCUGGAGGUGGACCUCCAACUCGGCUUGAGACAAGCCUCAAGAUGUGCCGUAAUAUGCAAAAUUUACAGAGAGGCGAUAUUAGUCGUUGGAGCUGGCGUAUGCUAUGUGGAUACCUGUUACAAUGGGAAAUGUUACAACAGAUCACUUUCUGGAUGAUUUCAGUCAACGUUCAACAUCCUUUGUGCAGAGUCAAAGUGCUGUGGACAUGUUUGAAAUUGACAUGAAGAUGAACUUUUUGUUUUAAUUAACAGUACGACAGUGCGGUACUGUAUUUUUUGCAAACACAUAUAGUACGUUGUUUAUGCUAUACUUGGCGGAUGGUGCAGGUUGAGUUUUCUUUUUUUUUUUUUUUUUAGUAGUUGAGGUUUUUUUAAAGAACUUGGCCUGCCCUUUGUGUUUAAAGUGUUUGCUAUAGCAGGAAAAAUAAUAAUAAUAAUAAUGGGAUGUGCUUCUGAGUUGACCUGCCAGUCAUUUCCACGGACGAGGGGGGCACUUUUCAAGUUGAGCUACUUCAUGUUUUUGGCCCGCCCACCUAAGCCAGCUUUUUUAUGAUGUUCGGGCACCAGCUGUCUGUGUGCCGUUAUUUUUGUUACUCAUCUCAGAGUCAGUAUGUUAGGAUUGUUUGAUAUAGGGUUUGAAAAACUUUGCGUCAGAUCACUAAUAAAAAUAUUUUAAUUU